AUGUUCGCCAGGUCACAUGACUGGACUCUGCUGGACCUCAGAAGGUCCCUCACCUGCAUAAUGGGGGCAGUUGCACAAGAGGCCGGCUCUGCUGUUCUCUUGGUCAUGGGAACAAGAUGGACUUGCCCUGGACCUUCCCUACUUGUGCUCCUCUGUUACGGGCAGCUCUUGCCAUGGCUCAGGACUGCGGGACAGCCAAGCUUAGACGCGUUCUACAACGAAACGCAAGCAAAGAUGUUCCUGCAGUUUUAUGAGCAACCAGCUCGAAUUGUGUUUAACGAGUUCAUGGAGGCCACUUGGAACUAUGUCACCAACAUCACCAAGCGAAAUCGAAGGAACAUGUUUCAGAAGGAGGUGGAGAGGUCUCAGUUCAUGUUGUACUUUGGUAGCCGAGCCCGCUUGUUUAAGACAGACCAUUUCCAGAACCCGGACGUGAAGCGCAUGCUGAGUAAGCUGCAGAACAUAGACAAGUCGGCCUUGCCCACGGAGGAUCUCCGGGAGUACAACAGACUUCUGACCUACAUGGAGACAACAUAUAGUACAGCUGAGGUGUGUCUGGAUGAGGGUCCCUGCUUGCCUCUGGAGCCUGACCUCGAAGAAAUCAUGGCCACCUCCAGGGACGAGAAGGAACUCCUGUGGGCCUGGCAGCGCUGGCGGGAUGCUGUGGGCCGCCAGAUCCGUCCUGUGUUUGAGCACUAUGUCCAACUUAGCAACAAGGCUGCACAGUAUAAUGGGUACAAAGACAUGGGGGCUUUGUGGAGAGCCAAGUAUGAGUCCAACACCCUGGAGGAAGACCUGAAGCGGCUCUUUGAUGAGCUGCAGCCACUCUACCUGAACCUACAUGCCUACGUGCGCCGCUCACUGUUCCGCUACUACGGGCCUGAGGUCAUCGACCUGCGAGGCCCCAUCCCCGCCCAUCUCCUUGGGAACAUGUGGGCCCAGUCCUGGGACAACAUCUUAGACAUAGCCCUGCCCUACCCAAAAAAGCCACCUGAGGAUGUCACAAAGAUCAUGAAGAACCAGCACUGGAAGCCUGAAAAAAUGUUUCAAGAGGCUAACAUCUUCAUUACCUCCCUGGGACUGCUGCCUGCACCAUCUGAAUUCUGGGUAAAAUCAAUGCUGGAGAAGCCAUCUGACGGGCGGGAGGUAGAGUGCCAUGCCUCAGCCUGGAACUUCUACAAAGGCAACGACGUCAGGAUAAAGAAGUGCACCGAGGUGACCAUAGAAGACCUGCUCUCCAUCUUCCACCAGAUGGGCCAUAUCCAGUACUACUUGCAGUUCCAGAACCUCUCUGUAAUCUACCAAGAAGGUGCCAGUCCAGCCUUUGAAGAGGCUGUGGGGUCGGUGAUCACCCUCUCAGCCUCUUCCCACAAGCACCUGCUCAGCAGGGGUCUGCUCAGCCAACAGCACCAGGAUUCAGAGGAGGAGGUUAACUUCCUGUUAGGCAUUGCCCUGGAGAAGAUUGCCUUCAUCCCCUUCAGCUACCUGGUAGACGUGUUUCGUUGGAAGGUCUUUGACGGCACUAUUACAAAGAGCGUCUACAACCAGGAGUGGUGGAACCUCAGGUUGAAGUACCAGGGCCUGUGCCCACCUGUUACUCGAUCAGAAGAAGAUUUCGACCCCGGGGCCAAGUUCCACAUUCCUGCCAGUGUGCCCUACGUCCGGUACUUCCUCAGCCUGGUGCUCCAGUUCCAGUUUCAUGAAGCGCUGUGCAGGGCCGCAGGCCACGCGGGCCCUCUGCACCGGUGUGACAUCUACAACUCCAAGGUGGCCGGAAAGAUGCUGGGGGAUGUCCUGAAGCUGGGUUCCAGCCGGCCCUGGCAGGAGGUCCUAAAGGAGAUGACUGGACAGUCCAAUAUAUCCUCCAAGUCCUUCUUGUCCUACUUCAAGCCGCUGCUGCACUGGCUGGUGAAUGAGAACGUGAAGCAGGGGGAUAUCCUUGGCUGGCCGGACUACAGCUGUUCUUUUGAAGAGAAAAGCACAGACAAAGUGUCAUUCCUGGGGAUGGUGCUGGAACCUGAGCAGGCUCGCCUGGGGCAGUGGGUACUGCUAAGCAUGAGCUUAGCCAUGCUCCUCCUCAUUCUGGGGCUGGGAUGUAGGCUGCGCUACUUGGAAAAGCAGUCACUGGACAAGGACACAAUGAUACUCAGCACCCUGCCUUACACCUACUUCCUGGGCAUAGCCAUGGAACCCCGGAAGGCAGCCCGAAAACAGUGGAUCCUUCUGGGUCUCUGCUUCAUCCUCACCCUGUGCUUUAUUGGCCUGCUCAUUCGGAUGCUCACCCAGCACAGGAGGAAACCUCCGUGGAUGAGAGCUGAGUCACAGAGCUAG